AUGGCGAUGAGCACGGCUAGUUUUGCGAGGAUCUUGGCUGUUUCCAACCAGUACAAGUAUCUAGAAACGUGUAAAGCCGAUCUCCACGGACUGUAUGUCCUUCCUCGGGAAAACGAUAUUUUUAUUUGGGACGGAGUGGUCUUCGUCUCGUCAGGUGUCUGGGCAGAAGGGAUCUUCAAGUUCUCUCUGCAAAUCUCGAAAGAGUCGGACGAUAUAAUUCCAAGUUUAAAGUUCAUCACUCCUAUCUAUCACCCCUACACAAAUGCUCUCGACAUCCAGUAUGUCUAUCCACAGUGGCGAUCCGAUCCGAAUUCGCUCGCCACGCUGCUAAUCAAAGUCAACAACAUGUUCUACAUCGAUUCAUUUGAUAUGAACCUCUGUCCAAAUUCGGAGGGUGCAAAAUUGUAA